AUGUUUCUGCCAUUCGUCAUUAACACCUACAAGGCUGGAAAGACCUCAUUCACUAGAGAGGGCCUUCCCGUCUGGUACCGUAGGAACCCUGGUCGUGCUUGUAGCAAUGGCAGCACAGUUAGCAACACCGCGGCCCAGGUUCAGGAGGAAGGAGACCCGGCUGAUUUCGCCGAGGACAAGAUUUUUUUCACGGCACUUCUCUCCGAGUUCGCCCUCCCACGAGUCAAAGUUGGCAACGGAGAGUGGACAAAUGUGAUGUGGUAA